CCCCCUGGCGGCCUAGAACCUCCGGAAGCGAGCAUGGCGGCCACUGGGGCGGUAGCUACGGACCGAGAGGUGGUCCGGGGCAAGCGCGCUGCCCUCUUCUUCGCUGCGGUGGCCAUCGUGUUGGGGCUGCCGCUCUGGUGGAAGACCACGGAGACGUACCGGGCCCCGUUACCUUACUCCCAGAUCAGUGGGCUGAAUGCCCUGCAGCUCCGGCUCAUGGUGCCCGUCACUGUCGUAUUUACCCGGGAUUCAGUGCCCCUGGACGACCAGGGAAAGCUACCCUUCACCGUUGUGCAUGAGAGAGAGAUACCUCUGAAAUACAAGAUGAAAAUCAAAUGCCGUUUUCAGAAAACCUAUCGGAGGGCUUUGGAUCAUGAGGAGGAGGCCCUGUUAUUGGGUAGUGUACAAGAGGCAGAAGCCACGCUAGCUCAGCCGAACGAACAAGUGGAGGGUUCCCUGACUGUAUACGUGAUCUCCGAGCACUCCUCACUCCUGCCCCAGGACAUGAUGAGUUACAUUGGCCCUGAGAGGACAGCAGUUGUGCGGGGGGUAAUGCACCGGGAGGCCCUUAACAUCAUUGGCCACCGCAUAAUCCAAGUAGCCCAGGCCAUGUCUCUGACUGAGGAUGUCCUUGCCGCUGCUCUAGCUGACCACCUCCCGGAGGACAAGUGGAGCUCUGAUAAGAGGCGACCUCUCAAGUCCAGCUUGGGCUAUGAGAUCACCUUCAGUUUACUCAACCCAGACCCCAAGUCCCAUGACGUCCACUGGGACAUUGAAGGGGCUGUCCGGCGCUAUGUGCAGCCCUUCCUGAACACACUCAGUGCUGCUGGCAACUUCUCUGUGGACUCUCAGAUUCUGUACUAUGCAAUGCUGGGGGUAAAUCCCCGCUUUGACCCGGCUUCAUCCAGCUACUACUUGUCCAUGCACAGCCUCCCCCAUGUUAUCAACCCCGUGGAGUCCCGGCUUGGAUCCAGUGCUGCUUCCCUGUACCCCGUGCUCAACUUUUUACUCUAUGUGCCUGAGCUUGCCCACUCCCCGCUGUACAUUCAGGACAGGGAUGGGGCUCCAGUGGCCACCAAUGCCUUCCACAGUCCCCGCUGGGGCGGCAUUAUGGUAUAUAAUGUUGACCCCAAAGCCUACAAUGUCUCAGAGCAGCCAGUGAGAGUCGAGGUGGACAUGGUGCGAGUGAUGGAGGUGUUCCUGGCCCAGCUGCGGCUACUCUUUGGGAUUGCUCAUCCCCAAGUGCCUCCAAAAUGCCUGCUCUCAGGACCUAAGAGUGAAGGGCUCAUGACCUGGGAGCUGGACCGGCUGCUCUGGGCCCGGUCUGUGGAGAACCUGGCCACAGCCACCACCACCCUCACUUCACUGGCCCAGCUUCUAGGCAAGAUCAGCAACAUUGUCAUCAAAGAUGAUGUGGCAUCUGAGGUAUACAGGGCUGUAGCUGCAGUUCAGAAGGCAGCAGAGGAAUUGGCCUCUGGGCACCUGUCAUCUGCCUUCGCUGCCAGCCAGGAAGCUGUGACAUCCUCUGAGCGUGCCUUUUUUGACCCUUCACUCCUCCACCUUCUCUAUUUCCCUGAUGACCAGAAAUUUGCCAUCUACAUCCCACUCUUCCUGCCUAUGGCUGUGCCCAUCCUCUUAUCAUUGGUCAAGAUCUUCCUGGAGACCCGCAAAUCAUGGAAAAAGCCUGAGAAGAUAGACUGAGUGAAGCUGCAUCUCAGUAGAGUUUUCCUUUCUGACCCAAGUGGAUUGCUUGGUGUCAAAACAGAGGUGUUAGAUUGAGGCACACGAAUGGGGCUGCUGGGAAUGACUAAUUCAUCUCCAGGUGCCUCUGUUGGACCUGAACUAUAAUACUCUAAACUGGGUUCAUAUUUCCUUCCCUUCCCAUUCCUGUGGCUUGUAUCCCCCACUGACCCUUCCCCAAGGACCUCAAAAGGUAUGUCAGUCUCCUCCUCUGGCUUGGACUUGACAGCCCUGCUCUAUCCAUCUCAUAGUGGGGCACCUUGUGCUUCUGGCCUGUCUCUUGGUGUAGCACAGUCAUGCACUAGAGGAGCAUUGGAGGAAAGCUCUGAGCUGGAUUGUAGCCGCCUGCCCUCCCCCUUCUCUCUGAUCCCCAGGUGAAGGUAAACUCUGAGACCUCCCUUACUCCCUUUUCUCUGGCAAGCUUCACCUGCUGUGUUCUGUCUAGGCAUAGCAGCUCUGGAUCUGAUGCCAUGCAUAUGGUAGAGGUUCCCCUCGUUCUUUCAAAAAGGCAGUGUGGCAUAUUAGGGGGAAGUUCUGGACUGGGAAUCCAACACGCCUGAACUGAAAUCCUUGCUUCUGCACAUACUGACUGAAAAGCUUUGGAUAAGCUACUCAAGUCUCGCUAAGCCUCAAAUUUCUCUUGUUCAGUGUGGCACUGAUGAUGCUUCAUUCAUAAGGUGGUUUGAGGAUUAAAUGUGCUAAACAUUUGAAAGUGUUGGGCAUGUACUGUAUUAGGGAGUUACUUUAAAGCAGACGUGUAAUAAAAUUGAACUGGAAUGGUAUGAA